CAUCAAUUUGUACAGUUCAGUUUUUUCCACGCCACCAAGAUUUCAGCCGCAUUGUUGCUACUGCCUGGCUGCUGCUGCUGCUUCUUUUUGUGUGUGUGUAUGCAACAUGAGGCGGCGCACGUUAGGAGAAAAGGCAACAAAAAGGAGGGUGAAAAAGGAAAAAGGGGGUGCGAGAGCAACAGCAGCACACAUUGCUGGAUAUUAAAGGUAAGCACAAUUAUGGGGAGAAGGGAGUGGGGUGCAUGGGGGUGCAAUGCAAUAUAAUGCAUGCUUAUGCUGUGUGUUUUGGAAUCUACAUGACCACCAUUACCCCCCCCCCCCUUCCAUUGUGCCUUAUUGUCAUCUCAGUGCUGCGUUCAAGAUGACGGCCACAUUCCAGCAAAGCCAAAAAAAAAAAAAAAAGAAAGAAAAAAAAAACAAGUGGUGGAGCCGAUGCUAGAUGCAAUCAUUCUGCCAUUGCCUAUCCUCUCCUCCAUGCAUGUGGUGCUCCUGCCGUGUGCACCGUGCUGCCUUUGCAUGCGUGUGUAUCAAUUACACUGCAGUGGGCUCAUGCCUGUAUUAUAUUUAUUUAUUUUUGCAAGUUCAUGACCAGCGUGACCUGCAUCAGGGCAGCCAGCUGCCACCUGUAUCAUGCGUUGUGCAUCUGCCCUUAUUAGUAUGGAGUGAGGCCGACAAACACGUGUAUGCGUGCUCCAUCUUUUUUGAUUGUGUGGGUCUCAUCCACUUAGUCACUGCAGCAUGCACUAAUAAUUAAUGCACAGUCAUGUGUAGCGCUGCCGCUGCUGCGGACGGUGUUUGUACACAUGCAUGCCUGCUAAAAAUGACAGAUUCCCCAUCUGGCAGUGUGCGCUAUUUAUAUCCCGCACUCAAAAUACAUCUGCUGUUUUUUUAACCAUGAAUGAAUGGAUGCGGCCAUUUUUUUUUUUUUUUUGGGUAGCAAACAGCUAUUCUCACAGCAUAAAAUGAGUAUACGAUGGUUGCCAGUCAUAACCAGGUCAUCUGGGUUAACCACAUGUGGCUGAGGGUAAGGGAUGUUGUGGUGAAUAAGAGGGAGCGUGUUGGUGGGGGGGAGUGGCUUCCCUUUGCCGGACAGCGUGACCAAAAACGAAUGCACGUCUGCAUGUUUGUAUGCCUAAUAUCAAGUGAUCUUUGGUGGGCAAACCACCAGGGCCUUCAAUGCGUGCAAGUAGGUUUUUGGCUGCUGCGAGACAGUUUAGAGAAGCACUGAAAAGCAUUACAAUUGGUUUGGAGUGAGGCAAAUGCUGAAACAAGGCUUUUGAAAUUGUAAAUUACAUGUUUAAACACAAUGGCGCAAAUUUGUCCUCAGCAGACAUGGUGAGUGUGAUUAUACAGUAUUUUGAGUGACCAAAGCAUCUCCUUGUGACUGUGUUUUCUGUGUGCUUGUGUCUUAAAAAUCGGCAUUUGAGCCCAAAGACACAAUAAGGCCCAUUUUGUUUAUCAUUAUUUUCAGGUUUCCUCAGCACCAAAAAUAACCCAUUCAGUCCAUACAAUGGCUCGUGCUGUAAAAUGGAGGUUAUAAAGGACAAAUCAUGAAAACACGAACGCACAAAGAAUCGAUGCCCAUGCGCAGUGGACGGCGCCGUGGGGCAAGUGAAGAGCGAAGGGGUCGACGCCCGCAUGCCAGUCCUACUCGCCCUGAACGCAACGACAGACAGACGCCCAGAGGUGGCGGUGAGGAACUAGCUGGGAAUCGCUUCAGUCGGAGAUCACAAGGCCAUGAUUCAUCAGAAAGUGAGGGGGAGGAACUUGUUUCUCCUGCAAAAAGGCAGAAAGUUCAGGAUUCGGCAGCCACCCAGAACCCUCCAACAUCAACACACACCGCUGACAGCUCGGCUCCCUCUACUGGACCGCCUCCCACCUCAGUGGCCAGCCAAUCCCGUGAGAGUGACAAUGAGGACGGCCAAUCCCAGGGCAGCAGGAGUUCAGUUGUGGGGAGCCUGGCGAAUAGCAGCAGCAGCUUGAGUAGCGGGCGGGACAUCGACCAGGACAAUCGUUCCUCAUCCCCGAGUCUCUCUGCAUCCCCCCUGGGGAGCCUCGACUCCGAAUCUGAGGGCCCAGACUCACCAAAGCAAGGAGAGAAGGAACGGGACAAAAGCAAAGAUGGAGGAGCAGGAAGCGUGUCCGUAGAGGACAGAAGGGCACUACGGGAGCUGAGAAGGGAGGAUCCCUGUGGAGAAGAACAAAAGACCGAUACAGAUGCACGAAUUGAAGAUUGUGCACUUAAGCCUAUCCAUCCUUGCUCCUCCUCUGGUCUCAGUUCUUCAGUUCGUGUUGCUGGGGAUUCUUCAAAUGAUAGCACUGGUGUGAGGAAGUCAUAUUUCUCCCUGGACUCCAAACUAAUGUGUAAAGUAGAGUAUGGUGGACCAACAGGUACUGAUGCGGUGCCUAGUGUCAAUAGAAUGAAUUCCAAAGCCAACACACAAUGUGUGACAAAGACAUCUGGCGCGGGUGGAGAUUUUUCUCAUAACAGUCCCGGUAUUCCGCACUCCUUGCCUGCGCCUCUUCCUCCUCCACCUGCUCUAAAACCACUGGAGCUCGGGGGACAAAAUCUUCCUGCUGAGGUUAAGAUGGAAAGAGACAAAAUGGAAAAGGCAGAUAUGCACCUCGACAAGCCCCAGUCUUUGCCUCCAUCUCUGAUGCAGACGGGGCCCCAGCCACAAUCCCAAUCACAAACCCAAACCAAUACCCACCCCCAUCAUUACAGCUCCCCCAGCUGGCAGGGUGGCACAGCAACCGCUUGCCAGGGGAGUUGGGGCUACACUCGUUACCCUGGCAACCAUCACCCUCAUCAGCAUCAGCCCCCAGUGCAGCACCAACAACUUCCUUCUGUUUAUAACCCUCCUUCCUCUCGACACUCCUCGCACUCAUCUUAUCUCCCCCAUCCACACCCUCAUCCCCACAGGGAGUACCUUCCCAGGUAUGGCGGAGGGGGAGGGGACAGAGAGAGGGGGGUAGCAGGAGACAGGGAGAGGGGAGUAAGGAGUGAGUGUGUAGGGAGGGAGCUCAGCAGGGAAUUCUCUGCUCCUAUUGGUAACAACAGCAACACAAGUAGUGCAGGUAAUAGUAGCGGCCCAACUAGUAUCCAAGGAAGGGAGUUUUCGGGUCUGUCUGUGGGUCAGAACCGUGAGUUUCAAGGGUCUGGAAGAGAUGGACCUUCGAGCAUUGGUCCUGAUAGAAAAGACUUCGUUCCAGGUUUCCAUGACAGAGGGCAAGACAGGGAACGUGAUCCAGGAAGAGAGUUUUCCAUACCAAACCAAAACCAGAAUAGAGACUUUGGCCCCAAUGGACCUGGAGGGGGCCAUCCCAGAGACAAAGACCGGGGCAGAUGGGGUGACUUUGGAGGUCAAACAAGAGAAGCUGUAGGAAAUUGUAACCCAAACAACAACUCCAACUCUCAAGGAAACCAUCCAAGUUCAAAUACUGGAAUGCCUGUAAACCCAAUGCUAAGCAGAGACCCACCUGCAUCACCCCAAAACAACAAUAACCACCCUUCUCAUUCUUCCCUACCCCCACACCCACAUCCCACAAACUUGGGCAGUCGGGAGUUUCCUCCUCCCAUUGACCAGACACAAACCCCUUCCUCUGCCACUGACCCUUUUCACAGAGAAUAUCCUCCCAAUAGCGGGAAAGAGUUCAAUGCAGGGGCACCUCCCUCUGGUGGAACUAAUAGAGAUUAUCUCAGCCCACCUGGCGUUACUUCUAAUCUAGUAAGAGAGUUUUCGGGGCCUGGUGGAAUCCCAAAUCCUCAUCCCUCUCAAACACACUACCAGUCUGGCCCAAGAGACAGAGAGAGGGAGACAAACCUGCGAGAGUCUGCACUGUACCAAAACCGUGGUGCUCCAAAUCAACCUCCUGCACUCUCUCCAUCCUCCACGACCAGUCACGGGCACCCUUCAAAUGCUCCCUAUCCCCCUCCACCACCUCAACCUACUUUACCCUCAUCCCAAUCUCAUCCCCAGCAACUCCCACCAGGUAUUCCACCCAAUGUUCGCCCCCCACUAUACCAGUCAUCUGCCCAAACCCCUCCAACACAUGUAUCUCCACUACAUAGCCCAUCCACUAAUCAGAUGGCAGGCUUCUCAUCAUUUCAACCUGGAUCCGCCUCUGCACCCAGCAUGCCACUUCCUGGGCCUGGCGGUUCAUCCAGCUGUUCACCUGGAUGCCGCUCUGCCCCUUUACACGGCACCUUGAACAGUCACCAAACCUUUAGUGGAACAUACCACUCAAAUGGAAGCACCGGCAAUAGCCUGAUUAACAGCAAUAGCAACAAUGGCACACCCACUAACAGCAAUACCAACUCCCAAUCACCUCCGAAUGUCUCUAAGGGGCCUCCACCCCUCACCAACAGCGUUACAACACCAGGCCCCAGCUUACCACAUCACGGUGGAGACGGCCAUUUAGAUUCAGGCCCACCCCCAACACCUGUCAUUAAAGAGGAGCCGAUAGAAGACAGGGAAGAGAGUGAAAGUCCCCCACCAGUGUUGAGAAGCCCAUCUCCUGAACCUAAGCCUGUAGACAUUCCCAUCCAUGCUAGCCAGUCAGCAAGGUUUCACAAAGUGCUUGACCGUGGUACCAGCAAUUCCUGUGCCCGUAGCGAUGUCCUCUUUGUUCCCUUGGACGGAUCCAAAUUGUGGAAAAAGAGGAAUGAGAUGAUAGAAAGAGCUCGCAGGGAAGUUGAGCAAAGGGCCAGAGACAUAAGAGAAAAAGAGAGAGAACGAGAAAGGGAGCGGGAGCGGGAGAGGGAAUUGGAUCGCCAUCUACAGCAACAAAAAGAUGCCAAUGCCAAUGCAGCAGCUCGCCAGGGCUCUUCCCUCUUCUUCCCCUCUUCGUCCUCCAUCAUCCUUGAUCCUUCAUCAACUUCCUCUUGUCCGGGCAACCCGGCCGCCCAUCCUGCACAUCACAUGCAGCAUCAUCCCCCACAUCCACAUGCUCACCUUCCUCCGACACACCACCUCCAUCCCAGCCUCUCUCACGGAAUACCGCACUCUCUUCUACUUCCAUCCAUGGCUGGAGCAUCAGCAGUUGUUGGGGGGCCUCAGGGUGCUCUGGGAAUUGGUAUAGGAGGACCUUAUCUUGGUCCUGAUACCCCAGCUUUAAGAACCCUUAGUGAGUAUGCACGCCCUCAUGCAAUGUCUCCCCUCGGUGCUGCAAGUCGGGCCCAAGCACACCACCCUCAAAUUCAUCAUGGUCAUCCUCAUGUCCAUCCCUCAUUCUUUCUCCCCCAAUUCCAAAAUCAUGCAAUAGCCCAUCCACAUCACCUACCUGCUGAUGCUGCAACAGCUGCAGCCAUCUUGGGCUUACUGUAUGGUGGAAGCCUGGAAGGCGGCCCAGGCAUUGCGGGCCACCCUGGUGUAAGUGGAGGACCAGUGCCUGGAGGAAUUGGGUCUUCGGGGUUAGGAGGAGUUGGGUUCCCUCAUGCAGUCACAGCUCAUCGGGAUCGCAUGAAGCCGGGUUUUGAGUUUAAGAGUGAUGAACGGGUCUACCCACCAGGAUCCAUUCAUGACCCUGCAGUGCUUGCCCUUGCUCACUCUCAUUCCCAUGCCAGUGCCCAUACACAUUCACAUGCACAUGCCCACUCCUUACUCCUUGGGGGAGGUGGAGCAGGAACGAAUGAGGUUUCACUCUACUGUACUCCUCCUCCCCCAGCUCCUACCGGCCCAACACACCUCCAGAACCCAACACUGGCCCCAGUAACUCGACCUCCAAACCCUUCUGCCCCUCAGCCACUGUCUAAUCCACCUCCUUCAUCGCACCUACUACCUUCACACCCCUCAACUGCGGCACCACUCGCAGCCCCGCCCCUAGCCGCCCCUGCUCCACCUCCACCGGCACCCCCUCCACCACCCGUUCCUCCAACCUCCAACGCCACCUCAAUUCAUCAUCAAGUCCCCAAUUCUUCUUUUCCUAGUUCCCUGUCCUCUCAUCAACCGACAGCCCCAGCCACUUCCUCUGAGUCUUACCCGACUGCUGUUCGGUCACCGGCCUCUUUUGAGCGGGAACGCAGCAGUGAACGGGAGCGGGACAGGGAGCGGGAUAGAGUGGCAUUGCCGGCUUUUGGGGAAAGAGAACGUGAGAGAGAGCGGGAAAGAGAAAGGGGAGGAAGUGGAGGAGGAGCGGGAGGAGGCAACACAAAUGGAGGAAGCACGGGUGGUGGAAGUGGAGGAGAAAACAUUGGUCGUGUCCAGAUGCUGAAUGUGACACCUCAUCAUCACCAGCAUUCCCACAUCCACUCACACCUUCACCUGCACCAACAAGACACAGCGGCGGGCGGGGUUCACCCCCUGAUGGACCCGUUGGCGUCAGGGUCUCCUUUGGCACGGCUGCCUUACCCAGGAGCGGCAAUAGGAACCCCAAUCCUGGCUCACCCCCUCACUGACAGCGAGGUGCUUCGCCAACAGCUGUUUGGUGCUCCUUUCCGGGACAUGCCCCAACCGUCCUCCCUUACUGGUCCAAUGUCGGCAGCCCAUCAGCUCCAGGCCAUGCAGCAGGCCCAGAGUGCCGAGCUGCAGAUCCAGAGACUGGCCCUGGAACAACAGUGGAUUCAUCACCAUCACCACCACUCCCUUACCCAGGACGAGUACUACAGUCACCUGAAGAAAGAGAGUGACAAGACCCUGUGAGGGAGGGGCACAAGAAAGAGUGGCGUGGAAGGGGGGGAAAAAGCAGAAUGUGUGCAAACUUUACAUAAACAGAACCAAGCAAGAUAAAAGCACUAAAAACUAUAAAGAAACAAGCACUAAUAAUUGUAAAGAGACAAAGCCCGAAAGCCAAGCCGGACUAAGGCGUUUACAUGCCGUCUCUGUGAAGUGCACCAUGCUGAAGUUCCACACUGUUUUCCUACAUUGUGUGCUUGAACUUCAAGUCCAUCAAUCCAUCCAUCCAUCCAUCCACCCAUUAUCUGAGCCGCUUAUCCUCACAAGGGUCGCGGAAAUGCUGGAGCCUAUCCCACCUAUCUUCGGGCAGGAGGAGGGGUACACCCUGGACUGGUCGCCAGCCAAUCGCAGUCCUGUUUUGUAUUGUGCUUUCUUUGUACAGUAUAUGAAUUAGAUGGGGGUGGCAAUAAUGUGAAGGUAUAGUAUGUGUAAAAUAUUUGAUGCCAGAGGGGAUGUGUACAUGAGUCUUUUUAAUGUCACUGCAUGUAGCUCUACAAGCUUACUCAGAUCUGGUGGAACUUUUGGGUCUUCAUUUUAGAAAGAAGAAAAAACACCCUCAUUUGUACCUGGGGUUCUAUAUGCAUGAGACCAGCCUUUUAAUGUUCUGUUUAAAACAGUAUUAUUAUUA